GAGAGAGCUAGCUCCCUCCUCCUCCUCAGGUAGCGAGCGAGCGAGCUCCUCUGCCCCUCUGCACACCUGGCCUCCCCUUCUCCGCUGCAGGACCGCCGUUGACGACUGCUCCACCAGUACUGCGCGCGCCCGCGCUGCCUACCCUUACCUAGCCAGAGCGCGGCGCGCGAGAGGGAGAACGACCAGGAGGGGAGGAGAUCGAUCGAUCGAUCGAUCGAGAUAGAUGGCUUUCCUCAACAUGGAGCAGCAGACCUGGGCCUUCACCUUCGGUAUCCUAGGUAACAUAAUCUCGCUGAUGGUGUUCCUUUCGCCGCUGCCGACGUUCUACCGCGUGUACCGCAAGAAGUCGACGGAGGGGUUCCAGUCGACCCCGUACGUGGUGACGCUGUUCAGCUGCAUGCUGUGGAUCUUCUACGCGCUGCUCAAGUCCGGCGCCGAGCUGCUGGUGACCAUCAACGGCGUCGGGUGCGUGAUCGAGGCGGCGUACCUGGCCGCGUACCUGGUGUACGCGCCCAAGGCCGCCAGGGCGCUGACGGCCAAGAUGCUGCUGGGGCUCAACGUCGGCGUCUUUGGACUCGCCGCGCUCGCCACCAUGGUGGUCUCCAGCGCCGGCCUCCGCGUGCGCGUGCUCGGCUGGAUCUGCGUCAGCGUCGCGCUCAGCGUAUUCGCCGCGCCGCUCAGCAUCAUGCGGCAGGUGGUCCGGACCAAGAGCGUGGAGUUCAUGCCCAUCUCGCUCUCCUUCUUCCUGGUGCUGAGCGCCGUGAUCUGGUUCGCGUACGGCGCGCUGAAGAGGGACGUGUUCGUGGCGUUCCCCAACGUGCUGGGCUUCGUCUUCGGCGUCGCGCAGAUAGCGCUGUACAUGGCGUACAGGAACAAGGAGCCCGCGGCGGUGACGGUGGAGGAGGCGAAGCUGCCGGAGCACGCCAAGGAGGUGGUGGUGGCCGCGGCGGCGGCCGAGGCCAGGGCGAGCUGCGGUGCUGAGGUGCACCCCAUCGACAUCGACAUCGAAGCUACGCCGACGCCGGUGGAGGAGGUGCACGAGCCGCAGGUGGUCGUGGUCGUCGACGUGGACGUGGAGCCUGUCACCUGCGCCGGCGCCGCCGAGGCAGCUGCGGGAGCAGGGGCAGAUGCGUCCGGCGUGGCCGACGGCGGCGUCCCUGGACCCAUGGCGCCGCCGGAGCAGCUGGCGAUCAAGCCCGACAUGGCCAUUUCCGUGGAGGCGUAGGUUGGUUAAAGUGUAAUAGCAGAGUGAGUCGAUAUCGAUCAGUAGUAGAUUUGUCGAGUCAAGGAAGGGGCCUGCUGCUGCUGCUACGCGACAGCAGCGGCCAGAUGUACUGCCUGCAUGCAUGCAGUCCCUCCCGUUGACUCGACCCGUAGAGAAGGGAUGGGAUGGAAGUAGCCGGGUCCUUGGGCGAGUAGCGGCGCCUUGGCACCCACGGGCCAGCCGUACUGGCCUGUGUGAUGAACCGGCGAGAGAGAUGAGAUAAUGUGCGAGCGAGAGAGGGUUGGUUGGGUUGUGGUAGUUGAAGAAGACGGCUAGCUAGCUGCUGCUGCUGGGCUCUCUAUCUGUCUCUAGAUCUGUGUAUGUCUGUGUAAUCGAGGAUUCCCUCACCUUGCAUGCCGCC